GGUUUCUGUGUGGUUAGUGGAAAGUUUCUAUAGUAAAAGCUACAGCGCUGAAUGAACCGGAAGCCGCAAGAGCCGGGUUGCUUGAGUGAUCGGGGGGCGGAGCUUUCAUUCCUCUUCUCGCCGCGCUGCUGUCUGAGAAACUCCAUGACUUUCGGCGCAUGCACAGUAGAUCCGCACCGUCAAAUGCCCCCACUUUACAUGCGCCAGAAAACGCUGUUGAAUCCAGGAAGAUCGCUCGGGAGAAGAUGGCUGCUGUGAACUCUGCAGUAGAGGACCUGCAUGGAGGGUGGGCAACAUACAGAUUUUCAGGAAAGCAGAGUGACCUCAAGUCCCAGAAUACAACACUUCAACACGGAACAAGAAUGUGUGGACGCACAGCAUGCACUCUAGCACCUGAUGACGUGAGUAAAGCUUGUUCAUAUCAAGACAAACAAGGAAGGCAAAAAUGUCCUAAGUGGAGGGAUGGUGACACAGAUAAAUACCAGCCAUCCUAUAACAAGAGUCCCCAGUCAAACAAUCCAGUUCUUCUGUCUUUAAAGCAUUUCCAGAAGGAUGCAGAUUCUUCUGAGCGAGUCCUUGCUGCGAUGCGCUGGGGCCUUAUCCCUUCGUGGUUCAACGAGUUGGACCCAUCAAAAAUGCAGUACAAAACAAACAACUGUCGGAGUGAUACUAUCACAGAAAAAGCUUUAUAUAAGGCUCCUCUAUUUAAAGGGAGACGCUGUGUUGUCCUUGCCGAUGGAUUUUAUGAAUGGAAGAGGCAGGAUGGUGAAAAGCAGCCUUACUACAUAUAUUUUCCACAGAUCAAAUCAGAAAAGUUUUCUGAAGAACAGGACAUGAUGGACUGGAAUGGCCAGAGACUACUUACCAUGGCUGGACUGUUUGAUUGUUGGGAACCUCCCAGUGGAGGCGAACCCUUAUACUCCUAUACUGUUAUCACAGUUGAUUCUUCCAAAACAAUGAACUGCAUACAUGACAGAAUGCCAGCCAUACUGGAUGGAGACGAAGCCAUUAGGAAAUGGCUGGAUUUUGGGGAGGUUUCAACUCAAGAUGCACUUAAACUCAUCCACCCCAUUGAAAACAUCACGUACCACCCUGUUUCAACAGUAGUAAACAACUCCAGAAAUAACUCCAUGGAAUGUAUCGCUGCUGUAAUACUCACCCAAAAGAAGGGUCCAGCAUUAAGUGCCAGCAGUAAAAAGAUGUUAGAGUGGUUACAAAAUAAAUCUCCCAAGAAAGAAGAAUCGCGCAGCAUCAUCCAGUCACCUAAGUUGUCACAGUUUGGGGUGCCGCCUAAGAAAACUAGUGCAGGAUUGAUGCAGCAGUGGCUAAAGAAAGAAGACGGAGAGCCUUCUCCAAAAAGAGCAAAGAAGUAAUUUUACAGGCGAGCAAAGUACCUGAAAGAAAAAUUGUGGUCAUUUAGCCAAUUCCACUGCAUUAAAGGGACACACACACACACAAUAUUACUUUAUGUAAAAUAGCUUUGCUCAGUUCUAUCUCUCCUGUCAUAUUGAGCAAUGGAACAGAGUGGGGAAAGUGUCAUGAAACUCCCUCUGCUGCAGUGAAUCCAGUUUUUGCUAUUUUUCUCUGGCCCUCGCAUGGACAAAACAGGGGCUCUCUGUUAUCACAUUCAUUUCUCCAGGGCAGUCGGAGCAAUUUUACAUUGUUAUGGGGGGGUUAUAUGUCCCCUAGAAAUGCACUUUUUACAGCCAGGCUGCCAUCUAUGAAAGAAAUGCCAGACACUCUUAAUUUCUUCAAGUGUUUUGCGGUAUUGGGGGGUUAGUUAAGCCAGAUCCAUGUCUCACAUAGAAGAGCAUCAGUAUUUUAACGUUACAGUUGCACCAAGGUAAUUGGUGCCCUGAGAAAUACCAGUGUUGCUUCUCUUCCUGCAUCAAUUUGCAGACAUGACUUUAUACUUUACACACUGAACAAAGAGAUACAUAGAACUAUUUCAGGUUGACUCGUCUAUCAGGAGAUGUCAUGCAAAUAAAGUUCAUUAAAAUUCA